UGUGAUGAUGUGUAGUAGCUCAAGUAACACGAUGAAGAGUAUGUGAAGCAUUAGCAUAUUAUAUUCGUCUUCUGACACUGCUUCAAUGCAUCUGUAGGUCCGUGAAAAGCGACUUUGUGAGUUGGGGCAAGCAUUAUGGAAAGUUUGUCAGACAAACUUUUCUCUGCACUUGACAAUGCCAAUAGAGAAAGCAGAACAGAACACAAAACAGAACAUAAGUCUCUUCCACAAAACAAAUUUGAACCCAAAGAGAGGAGGCAAGACAGACUUUCUUCUACUACUGUGCCAACAAGGCAAGGAAACUACGAGAGAAAAAAGAGUAUUGUAGAAUCAAAUGUUCACAGCAGAUUACCUUCAAAAUUGAAAGUUGGAAAUUUUCCACAGUGUUUUGGAACCAGUGCAAGUCACCCUGGAAAUUCCAGUCUUUUGCCCCUGGAUGAAGGGCAAAGACAAAGUGCUGAUCGAUGGAAGUCUCAUGACAGUCUCUCUAAUUCAGAAAAAAAUAAUAUGAGAGUUGGUGGAAAAGGUUCAGAUGAAACUCCUUUUAAGUUUAUUAGGAAUAAAUCACAAUUUGAAGACAGGCAGAAAUCUUCUACAUCAAUUAAAGGAACUGGAUAUAAAUUUCUGGAAAACCUUCUUGAAAAAGAUCCAAUGGAAGUAGUUGUAAAAUUAGCAAGCUCCAAAAUAGGAUUCACUGAAUUUUUAAAAAAAGAAAUGUCCCCAGAUGUAAUACACCUUACAUUAAGGCUACUUGCUGAAAAAGUGUGUGUAGUUGGUUUCCAACGCAACAAAACAACUGUUUUGAUUGCAGCAUGCAAACCACACUUCUUAAGCCAACUAGAAAAAGAAAUGAACAAGGUCCCAACAGAACACCACUCAAGGAAGUCUAAGAUACUUCCAUUCUUAGAAAAUCUUCUAAUAUUUUAUGCAACAGUUGUUAAUGUGCUUCCACAGACAGCAUGUGAAAAGUUCAAGAAUCUCUUUGUUAUGACUGAAUUGUCCAUAGAAGGUGCGCAAAGGUACCAAAGUAUAAACUGUGAUGAUAUUAAGAAGAAGUUCGAAUGUCUUAAGGCCCAGCUUAGAAGUUUGAUAGAAGAAAAUGAACGUAGUUCAAUAAAACAAAGUAGCAAAAUGGGGCAGGUUCAAUAUUUGCAGCCCCCUGAUAAUUUCAGAUACUGUAGCAUAUUCCCCACUGCUGAAGAUUUUGCUAGUAAACCAUUUUUACGACCUAGCAUCAUCAAGGGAGCAUAUAUUGAUGUUGAACAUUACCUAGAUGUUCAGUUUCGCUUGCUGUGGGAAGAUUUUGUGGGCCCCUUACGUGAGGGUAUAUCACAGUAUACGGAACAUUCUCUCCAAGGGCAGAAAAGAUUUAAGAGGAUUGAAAAUGUGCGAAUAUAUCAUGAUGCUUUAUUUUUAAAUACUGUGACUGUUAAAGAAAAAAUAGGUGUGGUACUAAAUUUUGAUACUAAAAAGAAACUGAGAAAUGUUCCUUGGGAGCAUUCCAAACGUUUUAUGUUUGGUUCAUUGUUGUGUUUUACCCAUGACAAUUUUGGUACCUUCUUUUUCGGUACAGUUCUUAAGAGGGACAAGAAACAACUAGAAAAUGGUUGUGUUGUCGUUGAACUUAUUGACGGGAUAGAUAUUACUAUAUUCGAAAGAGCAUAUACAGUGGCAGAAAGUGAAGUUUAUUUUGAACCAUACCGACAGGUAUUAAAUGCAUUGCAGACUAUGCCCUUUGCUGCAUUUCCAAUGAAGCGUUAUAUUGUUGAUGGAAUUACAGAAGUGGCUUUGCCCCAGUACAUACGUGCAAAAUCUGAUCCAGUAAUAUACAAAAUUGGCAAGUUCAAAGUACCUAUAACUGAAAUGGACACUUGGCCUACAGAAGAUGAAUUGAAGUUGGACAUUUCACAGUAUAAGUCAUUCCGAACUGCUUUGACCAAGGAUUUCGUUAUAAUACAGGGUCCACCAGGAACAGGAAAAACUUUUCUUGGUUUGAAGAUAAUAAAAACUUUUCUUGACAACCAAAUUGUUUGGAACACAAACCGUAGACCUAUUCUUGUGGUGUGCUACACUAACCAUGCAUUGGACCAAGUCCUUGAAGGAACUUUAAAAUACACAGGAAAAAUAAUUCGCGUUGGUGGCCAGUCACAGUCAGAAGCUCUAGAGGAAUACAAUCUGAAAGAAGUUCGACGGAAUCGUGUGGUGAGCGUGUCUGCAAUAUCUAGCAGGGAGAUAAUCUUUGAAAUGCAAAAUGUUAUUAGUCAAAUUCGUUCUUUGCAAGAACAUCUAGAGAGAAUUGCUGACAACAAUACGAUAAUCAGCAUUUCUUCUUUGAAGGAAAUGGGAAUUACUGUUGAACAGCUUGGAUCGUUUAUGGUUGAUCACAUAGUCAGUGAUGAGAUUUUCAUUGAAUGGUUGAAGGGAGAUGGACAUGAAAAUCCAGAUAGUCUGUUUCAGCAGGAUGAUCCUAAUGCUGGUAAUAUUUCAAUUCUUGAAGAUUUACCUUGUGAAAACAAUAAUGAUAGUGAUAAUGAUUUUGAAGAUGAGUAUGAAGAUGAUUACAACAAUGCUGAUUUAUUCAGUGAUGAAUAUGGUCUGAUAAUGCAAACAGUAGACACAAUAAAAUUAAAAUAUGCCCUGGAUCUAUCACAUCUUAUUAUGGAUGUUCAGCACUAUAAACAGCGGCUGGAAAAUUGUGGAGCUAACAUAGAAGAUUAUGUGAAAUAUCAGCAGUUGUGGAUGUAUUGUGUGGGCCUUUACAGGUAA